AUGGCCUCCAUUGAGGUGACGAACCGGCAAGCGGCACUGAACAAACCGAUAGAAGCCGACAAUAAGGGCUACCUCCUCCUACAGAAGAUGAUGACAAAACGUGCCGCCGGCAAUACCGACAACAGCACGUCCAUCACCGACGACAACAAAAAAGCAACCUCUGGCCCAUCUUCUUCCACUGUCACUGAAGAAAUUUCCCACCUCAUUGCCGAACGCGCUCCCAUCAGUAUUGAGCUAAAAACCAAUCGCCGUGGCCUCGGUGAAAGUAGCCUUCCUCUACGGAAACGCGUCAAGUACACUCAGCCAACUGAAGUUGAACGUGAGCACCUCAAUCAACAAAGGGCAUCAGACUUUUUAGCUGCAAAGCGCACUAAAACGGCGGCAUUACUCACUCGCAAGGAUUACUUCAAAUGCCAGAAAGUGUGCGCCAAUCUGGAGGCAGCUCAAGACAGUCCAUCCUUGGAGUGGUACUGGCCAAAGGCGGUCAUUGACGCCAAGAAAAAGACCAGUAGUAAAGAGGAGAGCGAAGAACAAGUGGUGGAAGAGGAAGUAGCAGAAGAGGACUUUGAAGAUAUUGAUUACCCCGUCCGAUUAGCCGAAUUAAACGGAUAUCUGCGCAACACCUACCACUACUGCAUUUGGUGCGCCGUUUCUUACGAUUCGCCGGAAGAACUAGACAGCAGCUGUCCAGGCGACACUCGAGAGGACCAUGAUGCGUAA